AUGUCGCUGCUGUUCAGCUCUACAAAGAGCGUCUGCGCGAUAUGCUUUGCAAUGCUGGUUGAUCGUGGCCUAGUGGCGUACGAAGAUCUGGUCACCAAGCACUGGCCUGAAUUCGGACAAAACGGAAAAGAGGACAUCACCAUCGAAAUGCUACUCGCACAUCAGGUAUUCUGA